AUGAAUUUGGUAUACAAUUAAUUGAAUCAAGCUGCUCGAAAUGAAUUUCAAGCUUAAAAGUUAAGAAAAAGAACAUCAAUUCAUUUUCAAAAAAACAAUAGCAUCAAUUUAAGAAAAUUAAAAGGAAAGUUUGUAUUUGAACCUAUAAAAACAAUUGUAGAAUAACUAGAUGAUUUUUUUGUAUUUAUUAUUUCAAACCUAAUCUUAGUUGAUGCUAAAAAAAAAUGGAUGGGAUCGAAAAAUAGGAUUCAAAGGAUAUAAAGGAACUUUUAAAGUUGAACAUUUGAUAAUGAUUGAAACAAAAUUAAGAGUAUUACAUCCAUUAAGAGAAUUAACAAUAGUAGAUACAUAAAUUGAUAAAGAACACUUAAUAAUAUUGAGAUAAUGGGUUGCAUGGCUUCAACCGAGUAAAUUGACUCUAGAAUUUUAGCAAAAUGAAAUAGAUAAUGAAGAUUUUGAAGAAUUCAUCUAUCCUCUCUUUGAAAGAGAAAUAGAUAUCAAGAGAGUAAUUUAAUUCUAUAAUUUAGCUCUAUAUUAUCAGCAAUCCAGGAAUAUAUAAAGGAUAGUCACUAAAACAAAUUAAAAAUUAUUUAAAAGAAAAAUAUUAAAAGCAUGAGUAUUAUGAAUAUGAGUUAUUGUUGAAUAAAGAUUCUAAAUCUAUUGCUAUAAUAAAAUUACAAAAACAAUGGACAAUAUAAGAAAAGAAUGAUAUAAUCUAAUAAGCAAGGAUAAAGAUUGAUCAAACAUGUUUCUACGAUUUUGAUUUAGAAAAAUGCUUUACAGAAAAAAAUUAUUAAGGUUUUGAACAUUUAAUUUAAUUAACAUACGAUUUAGAUAAUCUAGAAUAAAUAUGUGGAUUAAAUGUGUCAGAUAAUUAUCUUGGAACUCUUAAUAGUUUUUAAUAGACUUGCCAACAUUUAUCAACUGCAAAAGGAUUACUUGAACUAAAAAUUCGAUCUUAAAAAUUAUUAGAUAAUUCAACUAUAGUAAACUCUUUAGUUGGGGAUAGAUAUGAUAAAUUAAGACUAAAUAUCUUUGAUAUCUCAAAAAAUAAUUCAAUUCUAGAGAAAACAUUUUAAAUUUUGUCAAAUGAAAUAUUUUAUUACUGUAAAGAAAUUAUAUUUGAUGCUGUUUUAAUAUAACAAUUAAGUACUAUAUUUAAAUUUAGUAUUUGGGUUGAUGCAAUUAAAAAUAGAACUGAUCAAUUGAGAGAAUAAAGUUAAAAAAGUAAGAAUUUCUUUUAUAUUAGGUGGUAAAUUACUUAAAUACAACUUGAAAAGAAUUGAUUUAAAAUCAGUUGAAAACUAUAAUCGACAUGAUUUGGUUUAAAAAUUUGUUGAAAGCUUAAUAUUUACAGAGCAUACAAAUUUUAAAACAUUAAGUAUCCCAUAUAUUAUUUAUUUUUUAAGCUAUUUAAAAUUGCGAUAUAGGUAGAUUGGAAGCCUGGACAAAUUCAUUUAUAAAGUUUAAGGAACGCGUUUAAAAGGAAUAAUCAUCAAAUCCUUUGCUAAAAAAUUACAAAUUACCAAUUAAAAAUAUUAUUAUGCCAAAAUAAACGUAUCGGAUGGAGCCAUAAUAUAUUACACGAUUUUUUAAUGAACUUUUUUUUACUAAAAAGGGUGGUAUUUUGGAAACUGAAAGUUUCGUAAUGGAUAAUUGUUUUAGAUAAACUGGAAGAGAAGAGGGUUUUAUAAAAGCUUGCGAUGACAUAUUUCAAGCAAUAUAAAAUAAGGAAGAAUCAUAAAAAAAUAUCGAAUAUUCAAUAAGAAAAGUUAGAUUUUUUGACACCUACUGUGACUUUCGUUUAUCAAUUUAUUAAUGCUUAAUAUUAACUGAAAACUUCAAAUUGGAAGAAUUAAGUGUUGAAAAGGAAGGGAUGAAGGAAAAAGUUUCAGAUUAUAAAAUAGCUACUCUUAAUUAUUUGAAAAAAUAACCACCAAACUUUAUUCUUAGUUUAAAUUCACUUUAAUUUAUAGAUAUAUUUGAUAUGUCUUUUGAAAUUUAUGAAUUCUUAGAGUUAUUUCUUUAUCAUGAUCAGCUUAGAUUGAAGAAGUUAUAAUUAUCAAAUCUUGAAUUCAAUGAAAAUAAAGAUUAUUAAUAAACUUUUGAAAAAAUUGUUAAUAAUAAAGACUAAGAGAAAUAUUAACUUUCAGUAAAAGAAUUGUAUUUAGGAAAUCUAAAACAAGAUACAGCUUAAAUAAAUUUUAUUAAAUAUGUUAUAUUUUCGAAGUUUUAGAGAAUAGAAAAAUUAAGUUUAGUAAACAUAAAUUUUGAUCAAUUUACUGAUUAGAUUGAUGAAAUUUUAUAAGAAUCUAAAAUUAGAAACCUAAAUUAAAAAUAAACUAAUGAAUAAUAAAUUAACGAGAAUUAGAUAAAAAAUUAUGAAGAGCAAAAUAAAAUUAAUAUAGAAAUAUAUAAUAAAAAUAGUAUUCAAUAAAAAAAUGUAUUUUUAGAAAAUGAUAAUUUAAAUAACAGAAAUUAUUAUAUUUUCUAAAAUUUAAAAUACUUGCUUUUAAAUGAUAUAAUAAUUACUACAUAAAAAUUGUGGAGUAUUUUAUUAAAAGAUAUUAUAUUUAAUAACCAGGUAAAAUUGGAAGAGUUGAUUUUAUAAAAGCUCAAUCUUGAUGAUAAAUUUAUUUAAGCUUUAGAAGAUGCUAGCAAACAUUUAAUAGAUUUACAAUUUAAAGAAAAUCCAGAAACAGUAAAAGAAAUCUUAGCUUUGAAAAAAUUAUCUAUUAUUGAGUGUAAAACAUAAAAAGAUUUUUUGACUCCUUUUUUUAUGCUAAGUACAUUAACUGAACUGAAAUUUAAUACAUGUGAUGGAUUUAAUAAAGUUAUUUAGGAUGCAUAGGAAAAAUUUAAAUAGAAUUAAAAUUAUCUACAAUUUAAUAUUGUAUCAAUAGAAAGUUUUGUAUUAGAAAAAACCAUUUUAGAAGAAAAAUAAUUUUAAUGGUUUUUAGAUGAAAUUAUAUUUAAUUGGGAAAGAUAAUAAAUCAAAAGUAUUGGUAUUAUAAAUUGCGAUAUGACUGAUGAAUUAUUACUUAUUUUAUCUAAUUAGAUAAAGAAAAUUAAGAAUUACUCAACAUAAUUUAGAAGAUAUUAUAAUUUGAGGUCUAUAAGUUUAAGAGAUAAUUCAAAAAUAAGUGAAGAAGCUUGGAUCGAUUUUUUUAAUAAGCUAAUGGAAUAAAAAGCUCAAAUUUAGUUUCAUUUAAAACAAAAUGAGCAAGAACUCAAAAAUAAAAAUUUAGUUAAUGCAAAUAGUGACAAUGAAGAAAAUGAAGAAGAAAUUAAUUCUAAGAAUUUUCUAAAUGGUUAAAAGGAUGUCUAAAUCCAAGAAACUAAAAAAUAAAAAGAAUUUAAUGAAUAAUAAAUAGAUUCAUAGAAAUUAUCUAUUUAAGAAAAAGCAACUAGGGUUGAAUUAUUGGCUACUUCUAAUGCUGAAUAAUUAUAUGAAAAUGAACUUUAAGUAAAAGAUAAAGUGAUUAAUAAUUUUUAAGAUUUCAAGCCAAAAUUUCCUUCAAAUUUGCUACAUAUUUCAUUAAAUCUUGAAUUUAACACUGUAACAAAAAAAGAGAAAGAUAAGCUUUAUUACAACAUUAUUGUUGGCCUAAUAAUCAAUGUUGAAAGUUAAAUAAGUAGUAUUAAACUUACAAAUGUAGAUCUUAGUAUUUUUAUGCCAAAUGUUUAGAAGGCUUAGGAAUUAAUAGGAAUACUUAUUAAUAAAUGUUAUAAAAAUUAAGCUAAAAAUUUUAAAAGUAAAAUUGAAAAAAUAUUUUUAAAUGUUAAAACUACAGACGAGGAUGAUGUUUAAUUAUUUGUUAAAACCUUUAUAUGCUCAAAUCAUAUUCAAUUAAAAAAUUUAGAAUUAUCUGGAUUUUAAAAUAAUGGAAUUAUUCGUUAAAUUUUAAAAUAGUUACCAAAUAGAACUGAAUAUGUUUUGGAAACUUUAAAGUUAGACAUCACAGAACAAUUAACAGAAGGUGAAACAUUCUAAUUUUUGGAGAAAGUAAUUUUAGGAAGUGUUUUACCAAUAAAGGUAUUAAAGUUAGGCAAAGCUAUUCAAUUUUCAAAAACUUAAUUAUCAGAGCUUUUAUUAAAUGAAUAAUUAAUUCCUUUAUCUCAUUAUAUAAUCACAAUUAAUGAUGAAGAAGAACAAUUAUAAAUACAUUCUUAAAUUUUAGAAUUAUUAUUCCAAUAAAAUUGCAAAUUAAAAAUAUUAGACAUAACUAAAUCUUAAAAUAUGAACAAACUUUUGGAAAGGAUAAUAGAAAACAUAAACCAAAAUCUAUCUAUCUAGCUUGCUUUAGAAGAACUUUAUUUUAAUGGAUAAAUAAAGGCUGAUUCUAAGUUUUUAAGUUUUUUAUUUAGAAUACUUAAAAAUUUGAAGUAAUUAAAAUUUGAUGAUUUGGUUGUAGAAAAUAAACAAGCUGUAGAAAAUUUUUUGAUGGAUUCUCAUAUAGAAAUUAUAUAAAGAAAUAAUAGUAUAAUCGAAGUAAAAAAAAUAACAGGAGAUGGAUUAGCUCCUUUUGUUGAAAAUUUUCUUUUAAAUGAUAAAAUUGGAUUUAGUUAGAUUUCUUUAAAAGAUCAUGAUCUCUUAACAAAAUUAACUACUUUAAAUUAAAUAAAUAAUAUAAAAACAUUAAAAUUGGAUAUGGGAUUGAUUUAUAAUUCUUCAGUUUAAUUAAGUGAAAAUGGAUUAACUUUGAUAGCUGAAAAAUUUAUUUAUAACGAAGAAAGUUAUUGUGAAGAACUUUUAUUAUUUUAAUUGCAUCUUCGAAUACCUACUGUCAAAGCAAUAGUUAAACCCGCCCAGAAAUUUCGAGACAAUAUAGCAGCUUAAAAGAGACAAGGAAGUUGUCAAUUAAAAAUAAAGGUUAUUGUCUUCUAUUAUUCAUUAUAUCUUUUAGAUGAAGGACAUGACUUAUUGUUUAAGGAUUUAUUUUAUUUUGAAUAUAUAAACAUUGAAAGACUAUAAUUGUAAGUCACAAAUUUUAACAAUCAAAACUGUAAAUCACUUUAUACUAAUGGUGAGAAUUGGAUGAAAUUUCAAUAGACUUACAAUAGAUAAUAUAAAACUAAAUAUCCUUUGAAAUACCUUGAUGUGUCUCGUAAUGAGUUUGUAUCUGAAAAAAAAGUUUGGUCUGAUUUUUUGAAUUUUAGUAUUUUCUCAGACAUGAUGCCUGAUUUGGAAACUUUCAAUAUUAAUUUUAUGGCAAUCAAUGAUUUAAUUACUGAAUAUAUUGUAGAAAAUGCAUUAAAUUACCUUAAUCAAAAACCUAGGAAUUUUAAACUUCCAGUUAAAAGAAUCAAUUUUUCUUAAAAUUCAUCAUUAACUGCAAUUGGAUGGAAGAAUAUUUUUGAUAAUUUUUUCUUGCAUCCUAAAGUGGAUUUAAUAGAGCUUAAUAUGAUGAGUACAAUGUUGGAUUCUUCCGAGAAACUUGAUGUUAUUUACAAUUGUUUUAGAAAUAGAAUAAAUAAAACACCCACUAAAAAUCUAAAAUUGGAAAUGUUUCUAUGUUACAAUGUAACAAUAAAAGAUAUGAUUAAACCAUUUUUAGCUAAGCCUCCAAUUGAUUAUAAGCCUCCCCCUCAUCUAGCAGUAUAAAUAGAUUAUGAAAGUUGGAAAUAUGGUAUCUAUGAUGGUAUACCUGAAGAAUAUGGAGAAAAAGUCUUAAAUUAUUAAAGACUAUUUUAUUAAUAUGCUGAAUUUGAAGACACAGGGAAAUGGAAAGAAUUUGAGGAUGUUAAGAUCUCUACAUUUCAUCUAGAUUUUUGUGAACAUUACUUAAAGAAAAUGAAUAGCUAUUUUAAAUAACAUUAAAUAAAAAAUCCAUAAAUUUAUUUGAAUCUUAAUACACUAAAAGUAUUUACAUCUAUUUUUAGAUACACAAUGGAAAGGCCUGGAAAACCUUUUCCUUAUCAACUUAUAUUUUAAAGGGAAACAUUUAGAUUUCUUAAAACUAGAGGAAGCAUAAUAUACAAAAUAAAUCUCAUAUAGAGUGAAUUUCCAAACUUAGAGAUGAUUAGUUAAUAUGAUGUUAUAAAUAUUUGGAAAUAAGUUAAAAGUUGGAGAUCGUCAAUAGAUUAAAUAUAAAUUGAGUAUUCAUUAAAUGACGAUCUUUGUGAAGAAAUGCUUAGAUAAGGAUACACAGAGAAAGAUAUUAUAUAAUUAAUUAGAAUUAUACCACCAAAAUCUGUUAGAAUUUAAGGAGGUUUAAGUCUGCCAGCUAUAAAAGGAUUAUAUUCAAUACUUUAUGAUUCUCAUUAUUUUCAAUACUCUACAGUUAAUUAUAAAUUUAACUCAUUUUUGAAUACUGGUAUAGGUUAUGCACUUAGAGAAACUGCUUAUAGUUAUUAAGACAAAAAUGUUUUUUCAAGUAAAAUGAAAAGAAUGUUUUAUUCAAUCUUUAAUUUUUUUGUUUCCAAAGCAGAUAAAUUUGAGUUUGAUACUGAAAUUUAAAAUUUAAAUACCUACUUAUCUAAUAGAAAAAUGUUUUUCUUUUUGAUUGCAUUAAAUAACAUAGUAUUUUGGAUAGUUACUUUGAUUUCACCAUACUUUUUUUCACAUUACUAUAAUGGUGAUUCUACUAAAGAAGAUAAAGAAUAUUAUUGUAUAGCAGGUACUAGUAAUGAGGCUAAUUAUGUCUAUUAUGCUUUUGCUGUUAUUUCUACAUUUAUUGAGGCAUUUCUAUUUUAUUAGUUUUAAUUAUAGAUUCCUAAUCAUAUUGAUAAAAUAGAAAUUAAAAUUGAAAAGGUCUAAGAGGAAGUAGAAGAAGCCCCUAUCAAUAAUAUUAAUCAAGGUUAAGAAAUCAAAAGUAAUUAAGUUGCUCCAUAAAUUUUUGAUAGAGCCAAAAAAACAUAUAUAGAUGUUUAAAAAGCUUUUUAAGUGCAUCAAAAAAAAUUUGCAGAAUCUAAGGUUUUAUAAAUAUUUUUAGUCCUCUUAAAUUUAGUGUUUUCAUAACUCUAUAAAUUUGAUCUGUUUAAUGAUGUUGUUUUUAUCUUAACUUGUUAUUAUUGUGAUGAAAGAAUACUUUUUAUUUUAAGUCUGAUAAUCACAGCUGUCACUUAAGGAAUUCAUAUUCUUUAAUAUUUAUAUUUGUUGUUUGUUAGAAUUACUUAAACAGAAACGACAGCUAAAAUCUUAUCUACAAAAUUUAUUAAUGAUAUUUAUCAAAUUGCAUUCCUUGGCAGAAAUCAAGCUCUUAGCAAUUAGUUAGAUAAAGUAGCCCCUUAUAAUGUUUCUAUUAUUCCAAAUAUAUGGCUUACCAGAACUUUUCUGCCAGAUUAAGCUGGUAGAAGUAUGAGUAAUCCCAUAAAAGCCUAUUUUAUGCAAUUUAUGCUUGAAGACUUUCCAUAAACAGCUUUGUAAGCAUAUUUUGUUAUUAAACAAGGUUUACAAAAAGGAGAUUUAUCAGGGUAAGUGAUACUCAUUAUAAUUACAUCAAUCUACAAUUUUAUGUCUUCAUUUUAUCUGUAAGAUUUAUUUUUAAAUAUUUUAGAUUUAUGUCAAUUAGACCUUCUACUUUGAAUUAGGAUGAUUUUGAUCGAUUAUCUAAUAUUAAAAAGGCUUAAUACUUAGAUAUAAAGGAGUAAUAAUUAAAGUAGGAACAAAAUUAAUUGAAAUUAUACACAGAAAUAUUCCAAACUCCCUUUAGAGUAGCCUCACCUAUUAAAUAAUAGUUAGAUGAGGAACAUGAAUAGUUAUUGUGA